CCCGCAUAACCCCCAUCCCCAAGAACAUCCCCAGAGCUGAAAGCGGAUCUCGGCCAGAAGCGAACUGGCCCUUCGGGGGUCCAACUUGGUCCAAUUGCGUGAUCGCCCGGCACCCUCGCGCCAUGCCGCUUCCGUUUCCCCCAUGUCCAAGAAAGUCCAAGAAACCCACCCAGCAUCCAUCCAACACGCCAACCAGCCGCGGUGAGGUGCGCCUGCAGAUGGGUGGCCGGCAGAGGGCCUGGAAGCAUGCAGCUGCUGCUCACCUGCCUACGUGGGCCGUCUAGUUAGGCGGCGGCAGAGAGACCAGGCCGAAGAGGUUGCACGCGUCAAAAAAAAAAAAGCCUGGCAGUGGCGGUAGAGACGGACGAGCCCUUCUCUUCUCUUUUCCUUCUUGAUGCUUCCCCGGAUUUUGCAUGUUUGACCGAGACAUGUCAAUUUUGACGGCCCCGUCCAUCAUCCCCUGCCAGCGUCGGAUCCCGCUGCCCAACCCAGGCCAGGCCCAGUCCCAGUCCCAGUCCAGCAUGUUCAGGCUCUACGAAGUCGACCCUGACGCAGACACACUGCUGAUCGUGCCUGCACCGUCAGCUCCGUUUGCGGAGUGGGACGGCAGCACCCACCGCAAGAGCUCUGAAUUGGCCAAUGGGACCGUCCCCAACGGUCAUCGCGACGCUUUCCAGAAUCAGCCCAACGGAGCAAGCGCUCACGGCCACGGCCAGAAGGGCGUAAAUGGCGUCAACGGGCUGGCCAACGGCCUCUUUGAGCUGUCCCUCAACGGCACCCUCUCCCCGCCGCUCCCGGAGAUGCGCAUCAAGGUCUCGUCCAAGCACCUGAGCCUCGCGUCGCGCCACUUCAGCACCAGGGUCCGCCAUGGCGGCGGCGGCGGCGACCACGCCCCCGUCCAGCCCGACGGCCGCGUGCACGUGCGUCUCGACGACGGCGCCGUCGACCCGUCCGCCGCCGUCGUCGUCAUGAACAUCAUCCACGGCCGCGGCCGCAAGGUGCCCCGCUUCCUGGACCUCGACGCCCUGGCCAAGGUCGCCGUCUUCGUCGACCGCUACCGCUGCCACGACGCCGUCGAGGCCUACGCGGACCGCUGGGUGGGGAACCUGCAGCAGCAGCGGCUUGACGAGGGCGGCAGCGGCCUGCCCGGGGUCUACUGCCGGGACCUGGUGCUCUGGAUCUACGUCUCGUACGUCUUUCACCAGCCUGACCUAUUCAAGCGCGCCACCGCCGUUGCCAUCUCCAAGAGCAGCGGGCCCAUCUCGAGCCUGGGACUGCCAAUACGAGAAAAGAUCAUUAGAAGCAUCAACAACCAGAGGCAAGAGCUCAUCAUCCAGGCCGUCACCAUCAUCCGCGACGCCCUCGGCUCCGACAACAGCGUCAAGAGCCCCUCUCCCACGCCCGUCUGCACCAUCGGCUGCGACUCGUUCUUGCGUACAGCCUUUGCCCAGUCCCUGGCCCGGUCCUGCGGCAUCACGGCCGAGUCGUCGCCCAAGGCCCUGGCGGCGGGCGUCGACUUCGAUGCCAUCGCGGCCGCCGCGCGCGAGGUCGAGGAGACCCACGAGCGGUGGCACGCCAACGUCGGACCCCUCUUUGCCGCCGCCCUGUCUUUCUCUAGCAAGCCCAGGAAGCGCAAGGCGCCCAACGCCAGCAGCCAGGCUGGCGGCGGCGGCGGCGGCGUCCCCGCCCCCGUACACGACGAUCCAAGGCAGCCGCAGACGCACCAGCCCGACAGUUGCGUCACGAGGAUGCAGCUCACCCCCGCCCUCCGAGACAUGGAGGCGCAGAUAGGUGGGCUGGAGUUGGAAAGCAGCCUAGGCUACCUGCUGUACUAGAGAGUAGGCAGCAUGUGAAUAUGGUCUGCUCAGUUGUUUGUAGUCCCUCCCCCUCACAUAAUUGCCUCGCUUAGAGGUUAAUUUCAUGGCAAGGCUGCCGACCCUCCGUCUUGGCUCGCAUUAUGAAUACACUCUCCGUUUGCUUUUCCCCCCAUGCGUCC